AGGCUAGCGUUCGCGGGGAGACCACAGAGUUGGCUCUGCGUUCGAUGAAGCAAGAGUGAAUUCAUCGGAAGCCAUAGUGUAGCCAGUCCCUUCCCUCGUAUAAAAGGAUAGGCAAUUGGUAGCGGCUCACUGUCCAAGCAUGAAGGUUCCGGUGUUGGUCGUGGCCUUCGGCCUCAUUUGCCUGACGGUUACUGAAGCUGACGAAGAGACCGCACAAGGCCACGAGGACCACAAGCCGUGCGGCAUCCACGAAGAGUUCAAAGAGUGCCAGAGCAGCAGCUGCGCUGAGUGGCGGUGCGGGGAAGUGCGCGGCACCGUUAGGCCCUGCACGGCAGACUGCCGCAACGACUGCUUCUGCUCGGACGAGUACAACCGACAUCCGAACGGCACCUGCGUCCCGCAAGACCAGUGCCCGCCUUCGGCUGUCGAUCAGUCGGAAGGACCUCGUGAUGGUGACAGCGGCGUGCCGGUGUUCAAGUUCCCACCCGAUCCCGAAGAUUGCGGUACCAACGAGGUGUGGAAGCAGUGCGUAAGCAGCACGUGUGCCGAGACGACUUGCAAGAAGCGCAUCGUGGGCCCCGGAUGCACGUACGACUGCCGCUACGGCUGCUACUGUGCCGAUGGAUUCUAUCGUAACGCAGAAGGGAACUGCGUCACGGUCGACCAGUGCCCGCCUGCCGAACAAGAUCUCGGCCUAAGUCAACCGUGCGGAACCAACGAGGAGUGGAAGGUGUGCGUGAGCAGCUCGUGCGCCGAGACCACCUGUGAGAAGAGGACCAUCGGCCCGGCCUGCACGGCCGACUGCCAGCGAGGCUGCUACUGUUCCGACGGGUUCCACCGCAACGCUGAGGGAGCUUGCGUCACCGAGGACCAGUGCCCGACGGUGUAACGAAUCGAUUGCGAUACACUCAUCGGUAAGAAGAAAUGUGGUGUCCCUUCGAAAGCACAGUAUGACCUGACCUUAGUGGACAACUAGACCUUGGAAAAACAAAGAAUGGUUACGCAACCAAUAAAUGUGUGAAAUCGCA